AUGCUCCUCUCACGACCCACCCCGCGGCUCCUCCACCGCAUACUCCAACGAAGAACGUACGCGACAUCUGAAGCCCCUUCCCUCUCCGUCUCCACCGUACCAGCACCGCACUGCGGCAGCAUACGCAUUCUCUCGCUCAACCGGCCCGCAGCGCGCAAUGCGAUUUCGAGGCAAUUGCUCGCCGAGCUGAACCACCAGGUCAGUAGUAUAUACGAUGAAGGCGAGGGUGGGGCCACGCGCGCCCUGGUGCUUGCGAGUGAAGUGGAUUCUAGUUUUUGCGCAGGCGCAGACUUGAAGGAAAGGGCUACGUUUACGCAGGAGGAGAUCGCCCAAAAAAGCACCGCAAACUUCCUCACCUCCCUCCGCAACACCCUAACCUCCAUCUCCCGCCUCCCCAUCCCCACCAUCUCCGCCCUCGCCGCCCCCGCAUACGGCGGCGGCCUCGAACUAGCCCUCACCACGCACCUCCGCGUCUUCGGCUCGACCACCGUCGUCGGCCUGCCCGAAACCCGGCUCGCGAUCAUCCCCGGCGCAGGCGGCACCUACCGUCUCCCCGCGCUCAUUGGGCUCUCGCGCGCCCGCGACAUGAUUCUCACGGGCCGGCGGGUGGCCGCGCCCGAGGCCUACUUCCUCGGUCUCUGCGACCGGCUGGUCGAGAUUGGGGAGGAGGAGGCGCAGACGCAGGGGGCGGCGCGUAAGAAGGUGUUGGGUGAGGCGGUGCGGCUGGCGAGGGAGAUUUGUGAGGGUGGGCCGGUGGCGAUUCGGGCGGCGUUGCAGGCGGUGGAGGGGUGUGCGGCGGGGGAGAGGGCGGAGAAUGCGGCGUAUGGGGUUGUGGUGCGGACGAGGGAUAGGGAUGAGGCGUUGGUUGCGUUUGGGGAGAAGAGGAAGCCGGUGUUCAAGGGGCAGUGA